GCACCGAACAGAGCGGAGGGCAUACAUACCGGGGCCACGCAGGGCACGGGAGUACGCAUUCCGAACUCGGAUUUACGGCACCUGGUUCCAGACGAGAGCAGGAUCUGCGAGGGCGAAUUCUUCAGGGAGCUAAAACAAGAUGGUGGCCAAUGGUGAUGCACCCGCCAGAGGGAGCGCGGCAGCUGCUGCAAGCCUGCGCAGGCGUCGUCCCGCAGGCGGUGCAGGUGGUGCUGCUGGAGGUGGUGGUGGUGGCGCCAGUACGAUGCUUCAGUUCUACACCGAUGAGACUGCUGGGCGCAAGAUGUCCCCGAACGCCGUUCUGAUCAUGAGCAUUGGGUUUAUUGCUGUCGUUGCUGUGCUGCAUGUUUUCGGCAAGCUGUACCGCACCCCCAACUAGGUUCCAUCUGCAAGCAAGAGUCCAUGAACAGAUGAACCCCUAGAGUGGUCUAAAUGCAUAGCGAAUGACUGUCAGCUCCUGAAAAGAUUUUGUUAUUAUCAUAUAAUUUUAUAUACACCUUAUAAUGCUGAGAUGUUAUGGUUAAUCCUUGCAAAUAUAGUUUGGUCUACUGCUUGCGGUUGAUCUACCUAUUGUUAA